AAUCCGCAUCUGUUCUCGCGGGCGACGACGGUGUGGGAGGCUAUCGAAGUCGACGGAGACAACAAGCCUGUGAAGACGCCCGUCGUCAUCAAGGACUCGUGGCGGCAGAUGGUCCGACCACUCGAGACAGACAACUACAGGGAGAUUUUCCGCGGCGGCGCAGAUGUCCCUGGCAUUGCGGUAUUCGUGUCUGGCGAAGAUCUCGGUACGAAGGAGAUCCUGUCUUUGCAACGCGGCGAGCCUGGCGGCCGGGACGUCGGCCAUCUCACAGUCACUGCACGACACUCCGUCAAAGGUACGGCGCAUGCCCACAAUGAACGAAGUCAUGUGCGCUUGGUGCUGGGGACGGUUGGUAUACCUCUGUCUCGCUUCAACUCGACGAAGGAGCUGGUGGAAGCUUUGCGCGACGCAAUUAUCGGACACCGUGCAGCUUACGAGGCCGGCAUCAUGCAUCGUGACGUUAGCGAAGGCAACGUCAUGAUAUCGCGCAACCCCAACGAUACGUUCAAGGGGUACAUUCAAGAUUUCGACUACGGUCUGAACUGGAAGAAGCUCCUUGAUUUUCUCAGCAUGGCACGAAGCUCGAGGACUGGGAUGCUUUCGUGCAAACCGAAAGUGCGAAGAUAUUAGAGGCGCUCAAAGACGCCAAUAAGGCCGCUAUGGAGGUGCAGCCGGGUCUGGAUCCAGAAUGGUAUCUGUAUGAAGAGGAAGAGGAAGAGGAAGAGGAAGGGGAUUACGAGGGCGAGUUUGCACCUGCUGAGGAGGACGAGGAAUACUACGAUGGCGAACUUGUAGAAGAGGAAGGCUAUGACGACGAAUCUCAGGAGGUUGGAGAAGAG